AUCUGUGUUUGAGACGUCUGAUGAUUGUGUUGCGGAGCUGAAAUGACUGGACAGGAGGGCACUCAUGCACUUGCCCUUGCACAACUAUUCGAAAACUUCCUCUUUGGGCUCACCUGCUACUCCUCCACGCACCAUCACCCCAAGGUGACGAUUACGUUGUGAUAGCAGACGGUCGGCAAAGAGUUGCCAGCUGUCCCAACAUUCCUUCAAGCGCGAUCCCACUCCGUGCGCCUGCUCAUCGACGGCCCUCCUGAGCGCUACUACUGUCGUCGAUUCGCCCACAGCCGUUCGCGUGCAGGUGGCCAUCGCGCCUGACGAAAGCUGGUGACAGCCGAGUAACACCUUUGUGCGCAGCAUCACCUCUCUUCACACUGUAUGCAAGAUGCCGAUCCCUCGAACGUCGACAACAUCGUCGCUCUCCAGCAAUGGCUUGACGAACCUCACAUCUCAGCCGGCACCACCCACUGCGAUUCUCAUGCAUCCGGAUGCCAUCCACUGCCUCAAGAGGCGUCAAUUGGUCAACCUCUGCGGUCGUCUAGGACUCAAAGCCAAUGGCAAGAACACCGACUUGAUCGCUCGAUUGCAAGAGUUUGCUGCCAAGAACAUUAAUUCGGCGGGCCCUACGGCUGGCUGCUUGCCUGUGCUCAGGCCUGUUUGCACAACCGACUCCAACGAGCAUUCCCCUUCACCUCCACCGGGCAUCGCAUCGCCAGUCGGCAGCUCAUCCCACACUCGCAGCCCUGCAGCGGACGAUCAGAUGCAGAGCGCGGAAAGUCCCGAGGACAGCAGCACUAGAGCGUCAGCCUCGCCACGCGCCACGGGCUCUAGCGCUUUUCGUGCAACGCCCUUGCCAGAUGUCGACCAGCCUGACAAGGAGGGAGAGGUGCCUGCGGGCGCAUGCGAGGAAGAGCAGCAGAUGAGUCUCGAUUGUCCGCUGGACUCUGAUGGCCCAUCAGCUUCAGACACGCUGCUGGAGCCGGCUCACGAUGCCGGCGCGAAUGACCACGGCACAGAGGCUUUGAUCCUGUCGCACUCUGAACGCGAGGGGGCAGACGUCGAUGAUGAGCACCACGCGGACGAUUAUGCAGGUCUGAUGCGCGAUCCGCUAUCCGACAGCAGCUUGUCCACGUACAUCGAUCCGACCACGACGAUUCGAGCGGUGCUCAACACGCAACCAAGUAUGGUCAGUCAACUCGCGCCCUCUUCCCCCUACUUGCCAUCCGCUGCCACGAUCAGUCGCUUGCCUUCUGUUCCCGACGACGAGCCAGCUUCUGCAGAGACGGAGCUGGCCAACGGAGCAGGCGAAGAAUUUGCGCCUGCUGCGCCUUUGACAAAAACUGGCAGCUGGAAGAGCUUCCGCAGCGCUACCAGCUUGAGCGAAGGAGCAGCCGUGGCUGCGCAUGCACUGGUCGACGGAUUCAGGGGUUUGAAGGCGAGCGCCUCGGCUGCGCUGAGUCCCAACAAGGCUGGCAAGCGGAAGCGCAACGAUGACGAAGCGCAACAUGAAGAUAGCUUCGUCAUGCUCGAAUCGCCCGCUACUCUUGUGCGACGCUUGGAGGGGCUGCCCAAUCCUGAUACAUCGAUGGAGGAUGCUACGGCACCCAUGCUCGCACAGCACCAAGGUCCGCCAGCCAAGCCGAGCGACGCUAAUCGUGUCAUCAAGUCCCGCCCUCGUCAGUCAUUGGCCGUCAAGGCAGCAGAUGCGAAUCGGUCGACUGCCGCGCCUUCCCCCCUUCAGAAUGGAAACAGCAAGGAUCUCGCUCCCACAUCGCCCCCAAGCAUGACGAAUGAAGUCUUCAGUGCGACGUCCGCCUCUUUACUGGCUGACAUCAACGCUCGCUUGGCUGCUCAAGGUAUCGCCCCUCUUCGAGCCAUGCCUGGCACGUCUGAGGCUAGAGCAAUGUACGAGAACAAGCCGAGUGGUCUCAAGCCCUCUGCUUCGACCCUGACUCGCUUCGACAGCGCGCACGGCAAGGCUUUCGAUCAGAUGGACAGCAUUGCCAAUCAUUACGCUGCUCAGAGAGGCAAGACUUCUAAUAGCACCACCGCGCGCUCUUCGGGAAGGUCGAAUCCUGCUUCUCGAAGAAGAGAUGCAGCCAGAUCACCUGCCCUUAGCAGAGCUGCGACCACUUCGAAUCUCGCUGUCCACGGCGCAGCUGCAUCUGCGCCCAAGCGGCAGCGUAUGGAGCCGAACAAUGCAGUGUCCAAUGGUACCUCAUUUGGCAGUAGAUUCGUGGGCGCUGUUAGAGGCGCCUUCAGGCCGCGCACCGCUAGUGGCAAUGCGGAACCCACAGACGCUGCGCGAGCAGUCACUCAACUGUCUACCGCGACCACGGCUGCUGCGAAAAUGCCUGCGAUGGUCAAGAGGACGACAAGUUCCACGACCUUUGGUAUACGCUUCGGCAAGAAGAUCGCGGGCCAGGCUGGCCAGUCAAAGAAAGCCAUCGGCACCUCUACGACUACCGCAACCGCUGGUGCACGGACUGCUUCUCCGACUACAGGGCUGAGCAUUUCUUCGACCACUAGCAAUCUGUCCCGAUCCAACGGUAGCGCUGCCCCACCAAGCAGUGCCAGCUCUUUCGCUCGAUCCAAGACGCACACGCAACUCUCCAAUGGUGCUGUCCAAUCUCCCCGCUCGACAGCCUCGACUAUCUCUAGUCGCACAGAAUCCUUGCCUGGCAACAAGAAGCCAGUAUUCGACCUGCAAGCUAGUCUAGCGCGGAAGCCGCAAGGAUACACUCCUUACUCGGCUUCCGAAACUGUUCAGCAGCUCAAGACGCAAUCGCAGACUCUUGUGGGCGGACCAGUGACGGGAGAAGCAGUCAGAUCGCCCACCAGCACAGCGGUCGAAGAGUUCAACGAUGCGGAGCACCCUUUGCCACGCUUCACCGGCAUGUCUCCAAGCAGGACUAUGCCCUCCCUCACUGCUGUCGUUGCUCCUGGCAUACCAUCAUCCGCGGCUGCAGGUAGCAGAUUGACCUCCUCUGCGUCUCAACACACACUUCGUCGAGCGGCGGGCAGCAGCGCGAGCACCGCGGCGAAGCGUCCAGCUUCGACCGCUUCCUCUACGUCUACGGCCAGACACUUAGCUCCCCACGCACGCGCCGCAUCCUCCGCUCAAGGUGCAGCACGCAAGACCCGCUCCAGCGUGUCCAUCGCCUCUUCAGCAGCUGGCAAGUCCAAGCAGCAACAAGUUGCGAUCAAAGUCAGCUCUCGAGCUGCGAGGCCCAAAGCCAGGCUGAGCAAAAAAGGAGCAGAAAUCGCAAGGGAGGCUAUGUGCUCUACGAUUCAGACAAAGAGGACCAGAAAGACGGUACGGGUCGCCGAGACGAAGGAUGAGGGGCGGGAAGAAGAGAAUUCGCAUGUUGAUGUGGAUGUGGAGAUGAGGGACGAGGAGAGUGCGGAGGACAAGGCGCAGUCUCGAGAUCAGGGACAUGAGCCCGUGGAGAAGGUCAAGCGUCUUCGUCGAGGUCUGCGUCGCUCGCAAGACUUGCGCGAGCUCAGCAAUUUGAUGGAAAGCUGAAGACUGCGCACUUCGCCCCACGGCUCUACACAUCGGCCUCGAAUACCUUUCUUUCUUUUCCUCCCUUUAUUGGUCUCCGACUUUUUACCGAGAUCCGCUCGAUGCGCAUUCUUGGCGAUCGAAUCGCUCCAUCUCAUGUACUUGUACACCUUACGAACUCCCGAUACGUGCAACGCGAGGUCGUCUUGUGCCUCGAAUGGAACUCACGACCUGUGCUUUGCUGCGAUCUCCUUUCGGAUUCGUGAGCGCAUGCGAAGCACCUGUGACAUCUGCUUUGUCCUUCAAAUUCGUAUCGAC